CACACACGUCACGCACGCACAUCACAUCUUCAUUGAUUCAUCAUCAUCAGUUCAAUAACAAGGCGCGAGCGGAGCGAACACCUGCAGAUGUGGAGAGGGAUAGUAAAGGAAAACAAACAGUGCCUUCAGUAUGCAGUUCUACACACAUCUCCUAACGUCCCACCGGGGGACCCUGGCCAAAAUCUGGCUGGCCUGUCAUUGGGAGAAGAAACUGACAAAAGCACAAGUGUUCGAGUGCAACUUGGAGGCUGCCAUCCAAGACAUCAUAUGCCCUCAGUUUAAAAUUGGCUUGAGAACGUCGGGACAUCUCCUUUUUGGAGUGGCACGAAUUUACGCACGGAAAGCCAAGUAUCUUCUCGCAGACUGCAAUGAAGCUGUCGUCAAAAUCAGAGUGGCCUUCCGACCAGACCAGCUGGACCUGCCUGAUGACAUGAACGAGGCCAGACUCAAAUCUAUCACGCUGCCCGAGGACUUCACAGACUUUGACUUCGCACUGCCUAACCCUGUGAUGUUGGAGGAUAUUAUGGACAACACUUUGAACCAGAGUCGCAUGGAGGAAAUCACACUGAAGGAGGAUAUCCCCCUCGUGAUGGCUGACGGCUUCAGUGUCAGAUCUCUAGUUGGAGAUGUUGGUGACGGUUUGGAGCUUGAAGGCUUUGGUGAUGACGACAUGGAGACCACCAUCAUGGAGUUUUUGAUGGAGGAUGAGCAAGGCAGCAGAAAUGGACUUUCAGAUCUGUACCGCUUGUCUAAUGAUGUCCCACAGACUCCACCCCCAACAGCCAUCAACCAUAAUGCAGAUGCUGAUGCCGAUGAUGUUGAGAUGCCCAUGGAUGAAAUGUCAGCAGAUGAAACGCUAAUAGAGGCCAGUCAUGGUAGUCCCAGGCCUGCCACUCCUGCACCCUCCGUCGGGGAUGAGACCAUCCUGGUAGAGAACGAGGCAGAGUUCUUCGCCCUGGAGCCUGUUGCAGCGACCCCGGGUCGAGAGAGGAAGAGGGCGAGGAAGAAGAGGAGUCUGAUCGUGGACGCGAGGAAGGAGCUGUCCAACGGGGACAUGCGGCGCAUGCUGGAGGAGUCUGAAGACCUGCUGCUGGAGACGCUGGACCUGGUGCCUCCCCUGCGCCCCCCUCUGGAGUGGAAGAUAGGCGGCGCAGCCCGCAGCCUGCUUAAACACCCCACCACAGUACACCCAGACCUGCUGGAGAUCUUCCUCAGAGACACGUUCCCUAGGAAACCAGGGAAGAAGGAGCCGGCAGUCAACGAGAGCGACUCAGAGCCGGAGAAGAUCAGGGAACAGCACCGAGAGGAAGUGAAUGAGGCGCCAGUGUUUCCCCCUGAAGAGCCCAGUGUGCUGCAGGAGUCAGCGGAGCAGAGCAGAGUGUCUCUGCCGCCCAUCACAGAGGAGCUGCAGGAGCCAGAGAUCUUCGACCUGCCCCCCAAUGACUGCAACAACAACAACGUAUUCUCUCCGCCUGACCCGGUGUCAGAGGACUCCCUGAUGGUUCAUGCGUCGGGCGCUGAGAGAGAAUCCCUCACACUCUCAGUAACACAAACAUCCCAGAAUAAUCAGGCUGAUCAGAACAGUGAAGACGUGGAGGAGAAGAAGCUGACAAGCCGAGCUAAGAGACUCCUCAAGAACCUCAAAAGCAAGGACUCACGGCCGAGCGCCAUGUACAACCUGCAGGAGCUGAGCCAGGGCUACAACCGCACGCAGGUCGCCUCCAUGUUCUACUCCCUACUGGUGCUGCAGAAGCAGAGGGCCAUCAACCUGCACCAGAGCGCCCCCUACUGCGACAUCAUCGCCACGCCAGGACCCAACUUCUCCUUCUGAGGGGAGGAGAGGGGAGUGGAGAGACAAUGGACGGAAUGUAAAAUUAAUAACUAACUAAUAUAUGUAUUAUAAAUGCCAUGCAUGUUACAUAUGCACUUAUUUACUUUCAUUAAAAUAACUUUUCGAAA